UAAGAAGGAGGUGGAGAGAGAGCGAUUGAGACUGUGUGCAGGGAGUCAGUAACUAAGGCGUGUGGUGGUGGUGGGGGAGAUCUGGCUUUGUCUUUAAAGCUCUCAGUUUCCUUCCCCCCCCCAACCCUUCUUCAGUCACUGGCUUCUCUCCCCAGUCUCUGUAUUUCUUUAGCGGACCAUGUUAGACCCGUCCUCCAGCGAGGAGGAGUCGGACGGUGUUCUGGAAGGCGAUGCCGCUAAGGAGCCUCCGCUGACCGGCGGGGGGAGCGGCGGGAGCGCCCGUUCCCUGCCGCCCACCCGGGGCAGCGAGGGGCGAGGGACGGCCAGUGCUCGCUCCGUCAGCCCGAGCCCGUCUCUGGUCAGCGAGAAGGAGAGGGAAGAGCAGGAGAGGAUCCAGCGGGAGGAGGAAGACUCGCAGAAGAGGAAGGCGCUGCAGCUCUACGUGUUCCUGCUGCGGUGCAUCGCCUACCCCUUUAAUGCCAAACAACCCACUGAUAUGGCCAGGAGACAGCAAAAGCUGAACAAGCAACAGCUCCAGACAAUUAAAGAGCGAUUUCAAGCCUUCUUGAAUGGUGAAACACAGAUUAUUGCAGAUGAAGCCUUUUGGAAUGCAGCUCAAAGCUACUAUGAGAGUUUUCUGAAAAGUGAUCGCGUGGCCAGGAUGGUUCACAGCGGAGGGUGCUCUGCAAAUGACUUUCGAGAUGUCUUUAAAAAGAACAUUGAAAAGCGAGUGCGCAGUUUGCCAGAGAUCGAUGGCCUUAGCAAGGAGACGGUGCUCAGUUCCUGGAUGGCCAAGUUUGAUGCUAUUUACAGAGGAGAGGAAGAUCUGCGCAGUAAGCCUGCUCGGAUGGCUAUGAGUGCAGUGUCGGAGCUCAUUCUUAGCAAGGAGCAACUGUAUGAAAUGUUCCAGCAGAUCCUUGGGAUUAAGAAAAUUGAGCAUCAAUUGCUUUAUAAUGCCUGCCAGCUGGACAAUGCUGAUGAACAAGCAGCUCAGAUUCGACGUGAACUUGAUGGGAGACUGCAGAUGGCCGAGCAAUUAGCUAAAGAACGAAAGUUUCUGAAGUUUGUCCAGAAGGAUAUGGAGAAUAUGUACAUUGAAGAGCUGAAAUCAUCUGUUAAUCUGCUCAUGGCCAACUUGGAAAGCCUGCCAGUGGCAAAGGGAGGCCCAGAGUUUAAACUACAGAAGUUGAAACGGUCCCAGAAUUCCUCCUUUUUGGACAUUGGAGAUGAAAACGAAAUCCAGCUCUCAAAAUCUGAUGUUGUGCUGUCAUUCACGCUGGAGAUUGUUAUAAUGGAAGUUCAGGGGUUGAAAUCAGUGGCACCCAAUCGUAUUGUGUAUUGCACAAUGGAAGUGGAAGGUGGAGAAAAACUUCAGACUGACCAAGCGGAAGCCUCAAGGCCACAGUGGGGCACUCAGGGAGAUUUUACCACCACACAUCCUCGACCAAUUGUCAAGAUCAAAUUCUUCACAGAGAGCACGGGAGUUCUUGCCCUGGAAGAUAAAGAAUUGGGGAAGGUAAUUCUCUAUCCAACUCCAAAUAGUCCGAAGACACCAGAAUGGCACAAGAUGGUCAUUCCCAAAAAUAGCCAAGAUUCAGAUUUAAAAAUAAGACUAGCUGUGAGGAUGGAUAAACCUCCAAACAUGAAGCACUGUGGGUACCUAUAUGCACUUGGGCAGAAGGUUUGGAAGAGAUGGAAGAAGCGGUACUUUGUCCUGGUUCAGGUUAGCCAAUACACAUUUGCAAUGUGUAGUUACAGAGAAAAGAAGUCUGAACCUCAGGAAUUAAUGCAACUAGAAGGAUACACGGUGGACUACACAGAGCACCAGCCAGGUCUGGAUGGUGGCCGGGCAUUCUUCAACGCAGUUAAAGAAGGUGACACAGUCGUGUUUGCAAGUGAUGAUGAACAAGAUCGAGUGUUGUGGGUUCAAGCUAUGUACAGAGCUACAGGCCAGUCCUACAAACCUGUCCCUCCAUCCCAGGUCCAGAAGCUGAAUGCAAAGGGAGGAAGUGCACAGUUACCAGAUGGUUGGUUCAGUCCUGGGCAAGUUUUUGUUCUCGAUGAAUAUUGUUCCCGUUAUGGUCUGCGAGGAUGUCAUCGGCAUCUCUGCUAUCUCAAGGAGCUGAUAGAACGUGCAGAAGGUGGCACAAUGAUCGAUCCAACUCUACUGCAUUACAGCUUUGCUUUCUGUGCCUCUCACGUCCAUGGCAACAGACCAGAUGGAAUUGGAACUGUAACAGUUGAAGAGAAAGAAAGAUUUAAUGAAAUUAAGGAAAGGCUUCUAUGUCUCCUUGAAAACCAGAUCACCCACUUCAGGUACUGUUUUCCAUUUGGACGACCAGAAGGUGCACUAAAAGCCACGCUCUCUUUGCUUGAAAGGGUUCUGAUGAAAGACAUAGCCACUCCUGUGCCACCUGAAGAUGUCAAGAAAGUAGUACGAAAAUGUCUAGAGAAGGCUGCUUUGAUCAAUUACUGUCACCUCUCAGAGUAUGCCAAAAUAGAAGCCAGUGGAAAAGAACCAGAGACCUUAAGCCAAAGAGCCCCCGCCAAAAGAUUGGAAGACGUAAUUCGACUGGCUGAACUGUGCAUUGAGGUACUUCAGCAGAAUGAGGAACACCAUUCAGAGGCCUUUGCCUGGUGGCCUGACCUAAUGGCAGAGCAUGCAGAGAUAUUUUGGUCACUCUUUGCUGUUGACAUGGAUGCAACUCUUGAAGCUCAGCCCCCAGAUUCUUGGGACACCUUUCCACUUUUUCAACUUCUCAAUAAUUAUUUGAGGAAUGAGCCUCAAUUGUGCAAUGGAAAAUUUCACAAACAUUUGCAAGAAUUCUUUGUUCCGCUGGUGGUGCGUUACAUUGAUCUAAUGGAAUCGGCGAUUGCCCAAUCUAUUCAUAAAAGCUUUGAACAAGAAACAUGGCAACCAGUGAAGAACCUCACCAACAACCUUGCUAAUGUGAGCCUACCAAAAGUUCCAAGUCUGCCUCUUAAUCUUCCUCAAAUGCCUAGCUUUUCUCCACCAUCUUGGAUGGCCUCUUUAUAUGAUUCCACGAAUGGUUCUUCCACGUCUGAGGAUCUCUUCUGGAAGUUAGAUGCACUGCAGAUGUUUGUUUAUGAUCUACAUUGGCCAGAGCCUGAAUUUUCCCAGCACUUGGACCAGAGACUCAAACUCAUGGCCAGUGACAUGAUUGAAGCCUGCGUAAAAAGAACAAGAGUUGCAUUUGAAGUCAAGUUACAAAAAAUGAACAAGUCAACAGAUUUGCGUGUUCCUUCUUCUGUCUGUACCAUGAUCAAUGUGCUCGUGGACGCCAAGAAACAGUCUACAAAACUGUGCAUUUUAGAAGGUGCACAAGAGUUUAGUAAGCAAUGGCAGCAGUAUCACUCAAAGAUCGAUGAUUUGAUUGAAGAAACCUUCAAAGAAAUGAUUUCCCUGCUGGUUUCAAAGUUUGUGUUCGUACUGGAAGGUGUACUCUCCAAAUUGUCAAGAUAUGACGAAGGAACUUUCUUCUCCUCAAUUCUAUCAUUCACUGUGAAAGCUGCUGCAAAGUACGUUGAUGUACCUCAACCUGGAAUGGACCUAGCAGACACCUACAUCACAUUUGUACGGCAGAACCAGGACAUACUUCGGGAUAAGGUCAAUGAGGAAAUGUAUAUAGAAAAUAUGUUUGAUCAAUGGUACACCAGCUCAAUGAAAGUCAUCUGUGUCUGGCUGACAGACCGUUUGGAUCUGCAACUCCAUCUCUACCAGUUGAAGACGCUCAUAAAAAUAGUCAAGAAAUCGUACAGGGACUUCCGGCUGCAAGGAGUUUUAGAAGGGACAUUGAACUGUAAAGCAUAUGAAACCAUCCACACCCGUUUGACAGUGGAAGAAGCCACAGCAUCGGUGUCCGAUGGUGGAGGCCUCCAAGGUAUCACAAUGAAAGAUAGCGACGAAGAGAGCGAAGAUGUGAAAUAGGACGGAAAGGAGGUAGCUGGUCGUUUGGACUCAUUUUUUUUCAACCAGUGUUUGUACCAUUUCUUCAGAGGACGGUGUAAAACAUCAUUCAGGUGUAAUGAGAUUAUCCUACUUUAGAGCAUAGCCGUAGGGUGGGAGUGGGAUGGGAGGGUAUAAUUGUGGCUGAACUCUGUGCUGAACUGUGAAAUGAAUGUCCGUCUGCUCCCAAAUCAGACCGUACCAACACAGUUGGUAGUUCUCCCAACUCACAGAGAAAUUGUGCAUUCGAGAGAGGAGCUGCCAGAAGACUUGGCUUCCAGCUUUUCGCGCGGUGGGAGCAUACUGGCAGGAAGGUUGGAGGGUGGGGGGUGGUGCGAGGGAAGUGGGCAGUGGGUGAAGUGCCCAUAUGUGCCAGGACAACGUGACAUAUCCCGAACGUUUACACAUUCCUAGAGAAGAAAUCAUCACCAGACAUUGUGGACUCCUGUCGGAGCAGUGUGCGAGGCUAUUAGUCAUUUGUGCUGUUUGUGGUCUUAAUUGGUGACAUGAGGCAGCAUGAUAGAAUAAACAGCCAUGUUAUAUUGAGAUGUCAGUUGUGCCUAAUGUUCCGGGCUUCUUUGUAAAUAUUGCGAUGCCUUUAUAAUUGCAGCUUCAAUAAUACUGUGCGCUUUCGGCGGUCUGGCACAAGGGCAAUACCGCACAUUUGAUCUGAAGAUUUUAAAGAGAGUGUGGGACCAGGAGAUAAAUGAAGCAAUUGUGGGAAAUCGUUCAGUUCAGCACCCCAAAUUUAAUCUAACGUUUCCUUGCAUUUUCUUUUAAAACCUGUAUAGUUCCGGUGUCGUUGCUGAGAUCGAGGGUCUGCGUGUUUAAGAAAGCAUCAUUCCCCCUCUUGUCCUCCCUACUGUAGUACCCGCGUUGUCAUCGAUCUGCCGAAGAUACUAUUAAAAUCUCCACCUGUCUAUAGGGAGACGAGUAAAAUAUUGCAGUAUUCCCCGAAACAGUCACGGCCAAUACCAUUGUUUGUCACAAUUAAAAAUCCGAUAGCAGAAAAGUCGAGGCCAUCAUUGUAAUAAACUCUCAUCUGUAUUUCCAAUUUGUAUUUUUUAAUAGACUUGCCCGGAACAACAAGAGAUGGUAUUUCUGCUUCUAGGAAAGAAUGUUUUAAGGACCUGAUUGACUGGACAUUUUGUUUUUCCCCCAGAGUAGUUACUCUGUUUAACAAAAAAAAAAUCGGCAUAGUUGAAUGAUCUAGACGCAUAACGGAAUCUAACCAUAAUCACAGAUGCAAUAAAUGGAUUUAAUUUGCAUUUUAUAUAGCGAUAAAUUGCAGUUUUUAUGAAUCACCUCGUUCAUAAAGUGUGACAAGAUUUAACGUUCAAUUCUGCAUUUCUAACCUAAGCCACAAAUUAUUCGUCAGCAAGUAUUACCGUGAGAGGGACUGCCCGCCCUCUGUGUUUAAACUCAGCGGUUCAGCGCUUUGGAAAUGAACUUUCACUAUGUUAACGUUGGCCGGAGAUAAGGGAAGCAAUGUCAGUUUAUCCCGGCAUCCACACAGAAAUAGUUAGCACUCUCAUGUUUGGAAUUGUGCUGUGAGUGGUUAUCUUUCUGUAAAUAAAGCGUGU